GAUUCCAUUUUCAGUUUUUCUUUCUCAUUGAUUUGUACUCGAUUGUAAUGGAAUUCUAUAAGCACGCAGCGACGAUUCUCGAGAAACUUGGUCUUCAUCAGGGUACCAUCAAGGGCCUGGUGAUCGGCGAUCCUAAAGUUCGAGACAAGAAAAAGAUGUACGCUCUUGUGUGCGAGACUCUAAAAUACAAACAGGUGCUAAAUGAGAUUAUUGAGGCAUCAGAUAUAUUGAAACUUGAGAAAAAGUUGACACCAACACUUGCUCUUGUAUUGAUACACGAUCUCCUGUUUACCAAACGUGGUAUUCCUGUGCCAAUUACAGUCCCGUUAAAGAAAUGUGUUCAGAAACACCAAGCACGGCUCAAGGCUGAAUUGGCAAAGAUCAAGAUUAAACGCAAGGCAUCUACUAAUGCGGAUCUUGUGAGCCAAAAGGUCAAGGAUGCAGUUCAUAUUCCUCGCUAUGCCCGCGUUAAUACACACAAGACAACAAUGGAAAAGGCAAUUAAAGCGUUCGAAAAGGAAGGUUAUACGUACAUUGAUACUCCUGAUGACUUACGCACAUUGGAACCAAAGACCUUUUGUAGAGAUCUUCAUCUGAAUGACUUACUGGUUAUGUCGCCCAAGACAGAUUUACACAUACAUCCUCUUUAUGUUUCUGGCCAGAUUAUUCUUCAAGACAAGGCUUCUUGUUUUCCUGCUCAUGUAUGUCAGGCCACGCCUGGUGCUCACGCUAUUGAUGCAUGUGCUGCCCCAGGAAACAAGACGUCCCAUUUGUCUGCAUUGAUGAAGAACACUGGUCAGAUCUGGGCCUUUGAUUUAGAUUCUCGUCGCUUAGAUCUCUUGAAACGACUCACAACAAAGGCCGGUUGCAAAAAUAUCACGCCUGUGCAUGGAUCGUUUUUGGAAACUGAUCCGAAAGAUCCCAAGUUUGCAAAUGUCGAGUACCUAUUGCUAGAUCCCUCUUGUUCUGGCUCAGGAAUCAUCAGUAGAUUGGAUCAUCUAGUUGACGAUGAAGAUGAGCAAGAAGAUAACGAGGCAGCUGAACAGAGCCGCGAAGAUAGAUUAACUAAUUUAUCCGAAUUUCAGACAUCUAUUAUUCAACAUGCACUCAAAUUCCCAAAGGCAAAGAGAGUAGUCUAUUCUACGUGCUCUAUCCAUGCCCAGGAAAACGAACGCGUCGUGAAAGAAGUACUGGAGAGUAAUCCCGAGUUUGAGCUUGCUUCGCGAGACACAGUUUUGCCAACCUGGGAGAGACGAGGCAUCCCGGAGGAAAUGGAUGGAAACACAGGUCGUGCAGAUGCUGUAGUAAGAACUAUCCCAGCUGAGGACUUGACCAAUGGUUUCUUUGUUGCAUGCUUUGUACGAAAAUCCGGAGAAAAGCGCGCUCUUGAGGAGGCUGCGAUUGAAUCUGCGCCAAAGGCCAAGAAGAACAAGAACAAGAAGAAGAACAAGAAGAAGAACACGCCCAAGAAGGCAUUGGAAGAAGUACUCGAGGUUACAAACUUAUCGGAAACAGAAGAAUAA